UCAGUCACACUGCGUCACUCGACCGAGCGACUUCGCGGUCCAUUCUUUCUUUCGGACACGUUGAUUACUAUCCUUUUUAUUUUUAUCUCUUCGCGCAAUUUACACCAGUAGUUGUUAUUCUUUCGUCUCUUUCUUUAUCGUUUUCAAUUUUCUUUGAUAUAUCAGUUGGUUUGCUGUUCGAAGGGUGCACGUGAACCGGUGCACCGAGUGAUUGAAUCCGACUGACAGUUCGAUCAUUUUGAAUUUAGAAGCGGCAAAGCAAUCGUUGGUAUAAAAAGACAAACACGGGGGACACAGUCAUGAACGGGGUUUCCAGUCAAUGUAAAAUCAAGGAAAUCAAGGAGCUGAACAUUUACGACGGCGAGGAUGAUCGCGCCAUGGUGAUUAAAAAGCCUGCCCCAUUGAGGACCGUCUCUUGGUUGGACAACGUCGAGGAUAGCAAUUUGGAUGUGCCGGGGACUCCCAGGACCCCGCGAACUUCCACCACCCCAGGUCACGAAAAAUGCACUUUCCACCAUGAUCUGGAGUUGGAUCACCGACCACCCACUCGGGAAGCUCUACUCCCGGAAAUGUCACGGAGUUACAGGUUACUUUUAAGUUCCUUGGGCGAGGAUCCUGAUCGGCAAGGUCUUCUGAAGACACCAGAACGUGCCGCAAAGGCCAUGCUGUUCUUUACGAAAGGCUACGAUCAAAGCAUCGACGACGUUAUAAACGACGCGGUGUUUGACGAAGACCAUGAUGAAAUGGUCGUGGUGAAAGACAUCGAGAUGUUCUCUAUGUGUGAACAUCAUCUGGUACCGUUCUACGGGAAAGUCUCGAUCGGUUACUUACCCUGUAAGAAGAUCCUGGGCCUCAGCAAAUUAGCCAGAAUCGUGGAAAUCUUCAGCCGACGUCUUCAGGUUCAAGAACGUCUUACCAAGCAAAUCGCGAUAGCAGUAACCAAAGCUGUGCAACCAGCGGGGGUAGCUGUGGUCGUUGAAGGAGUACACAUGUGUAUGGUGAUGAGAGGAGUGCAGAAGAUAAAUAGCAAGACGGUUACGUCAACGAUGCUUGGAGUGUUUCGGGAUGAUCCGAAAACCCGUGAAGAAUUUCUUAAUCUGGUGCACAACAAGUAAACAAAAUCUCUUUUUUCCGAUCUGCAAACAACUUGUUAUUAUGGACCAAUGAUUCUUCUUCCAACGUUUUUGUCUGACUGCUACCUCACUGCAAAAGGUGUCCAAAAAAAUAAGUUGAUUUCAAAGGCGUGUUUCUUUAUAACAUUCCUAUUUUAUUUCAUAAUAAAUUUCCUUUACGUAAGUCGACCAAGAUAAUUCUGAGAAUUAUCGUAAAGGAAUGGCUAAAAAGGACGAUGUUGUCCAAGAUGUCUUUGAAACGGAAUGCUCUUAAACUGCUGAUCAAAUGACACUGAGACAAUACGAUAGUUAUUCGUUGAAAUUUGACAUAAGUUCUAGAAAAUGUUAUUAAAGUUCUGUAAUAAAAAGAUACCUCUUUUUAUUAUGGAAAUAUGGAACGUUUCUUAUACGUAAUCGACGGCGCAUAUCCUUGAGAAAAUAUGCUGUACUUAUUUCUUCGGGAUUUGAGGCUUCUAUAAAUAUAUUAAUAACAUUUACCGCUGCUGCUGGAACAGCUGUAAUUAUCCGUUUGAUUGUUAUAUAUGUAUCUUGCGAAUACUUCUGUAAUAUUAUUAAUAUAUUUGAAGAAUGCAUGGAUGUUCUUGAUCAGGCAAUUGCGUCGUUUUAUGAAAUUCAAUUAGGAUAUUAUUGACUGUGAGAUUUUUAGAUGGCCUAGACAUGUUUCACUGAUGACCUCAUGACAAUACACAUUUUAAAAUCUAUAUACAUACGUAUAUUGGAUUGAAGUGUGUGCCGAUCGAAAAAUACAGUGGAAAUUCUAUAUUAUAUUUUGAAAGCGAAUGUUCAUGGUGAAUAAACAACAGAUAUAAAUUUCGUUAUUUUGUAAAACGUAACAGCCAUACGUUUUACAAAACGAAAUAUUUGCAGUCUUUACUUUUCAUUCCAUUAUCUUCAAUGUGAUUCUAUAGUGGUUUUUAUAUUUCUUACCACAGUUACUAUUAAUUUAAACGAUCUUAACGAAAGGGCAAUAUUUAUAUUUGUAAGAGAUUUUAUGAAAAGAAGAUAUUGACGCACAAUGUCUCAGCCAUACAGUGUGCGUCAGAAAUGCGUUUGAAAAUUCUGAAAUUUCAUAUAAUUAUUGAAUUUAUUUCUAUUUGAACAUAUUAACAUUUAAGUGAUAAUUAUUCGUUUUUUUAUAAUGUUCUAAACAGAAAUCGUUUAAAAACAAAGUUACUGUUAACGGUUAGAGAGGUAGAACGUAUCUUUACUUUUAACAUUCUACAUUAACAUUAUACCGUUUAUCAAUUGUAUUAAAAUUCAGUUACAAUUUAGUUUUGUGAAUCAUCAACUGGACAAAUCGAAUCUGAAGAUUGGUGAAUGCGAAAAUAAUUUUAUUACUGUUUGUAAGCUGUUGUUUUAUUGAUACUGUUUUUUUAAUAAUGCGAACAUUUAAAUUUUUCAUUGCGCAUUCAUUAAACUUCUGUGAAGUUUGAGGUAUUCACCUCCAGUUUCUAUUUUGCAUUAAACGAUGAAACGAAA